AUGCUAGCAUGUGCCGCUUCCGUGGCGCUGCCUGGAUGGACGAUUGGGUCGCCUGCUGUCGCACAGGAGUCAGAGCAAGCCACCACUAGCAGCAGCAGCAGCAGCAGCAGCAGCAACAGCAGCAGCAGCAGCAGCAGCACCAGCGGCAGCAGCAGCGGUGGGAACAGCAGCAGCAGCACCACCACCACCACAGCAGCAGGCGAGGACGGCAUUUUUCGGCGGUAUUACAAGCCGGACGGCACGGAGCGAGCCACCAACCCCUACUCCUUCCUUAUCCCUCGUGGCUGGGUACCCGUCCCUGUCUCCCUGAAUGACGCCAAGCUAUACGGCCUGGACUCCCGCUUUGUCUCCCCCACGCCUGCUGCUGCGCUGGGGGGCGGAGGAGGGGCAGCAGCAGGGGGCGCAGGAGGGUAUGCGAGUGUGGUUGACGUGUUUGUGCUGCCCGUGGGCAAUGCUGACAAGGCAAGCAUCGAAGAAAUCGGCGACUUAGAGGACGUGAUAGGGAUUUUUGGCCCGCCAGAUCAGCCAUCUCGGGUGGUCGAUGCAUCCAUUCAGGAACGGCCAGCUGGCACUACGGAUCUGCUCUUCCCAGGCCACAGUGGAAAUUUUGUGAUUCGUGCACUCUGCCCCGCUGUUUUCUCAUCCUCCAGCGUGGUGUGGGAACGUUAG